AUGGCCUUCCCAACCCCAGUCCAGACAGCCUUCGGCUUCAAACAAUCAUCAGCAAUACAACAAGCCCGUAAUUCGAGGAACAUUGUUCCUACCUACUUUACUUCAACCAACACCUACGGCUACAUUCAACAACCCUCUUCUAUACCUCAGCUAGACCCUCAUUCUGGUCAGAUCGUACAAGCCUCUCGUCCCCCAGUACCCCUGUUUCCGAGUCAGCCUGGUCAGUCUCAAGUUGAUCGACAACUGCCUCUUCAAACUAUGGAAAAUUCAAACGCGAUGGAGGACGUCGGCCUCCUUGAAUUCACCGACUUUGACAUGAAUGGCAGUGACCUGCUGACCCUGGAUAAUACCCAGUCCCUUGGCAUCCCAGAGACCCCCCAGACGGUUUCCCCCCAAGAGCUUUUGCUGGAUUCCUCUUGCCCAUCUUCCACCAGUUUCACCGACCUAAGCACUCCUUCCUUCGGGACACCCGGAACAUUCAGCCACAACACCUCGCCGCUUUUCGGAAAUGUGGAUGAUUUGCCCCCAGACCACGAAGCCUGGGACUCGCUCUUUCCGGGUGACUCAACACCUGCUCCGGAAGAAAUUUCCAAGGCUCCGGUCACAGUCGCCCCCCAGCCACCUGUUCAACCAGCCACUCAACCAGUUACCCAACCAGAACCAACCUCUGUUACCACUGCACCUUCACCUGCCGUUCGUUCUCGGAAUUUCUCGGCCCCAUCACCACGCUCCAAUACGCGUGCUGGCACUAACCGUCAUUCAUCUGUGUCUGGAGUGACUAAACGAACCCGCGAAAGACAACCAUUGCCACCAAUCACCGUCGAUACUUCCGACCCUGUCGCAGUGAAGAGAGCCAGAAAUACGGAGGCAGCCAGAAAGUCUAGAGCACGCAAAGUCGAGCUACAAGAGUCGCUUGAGCGUCGUAUUGAAGAGUUGGAAACUGAGUUGGAACAGGCUAGACAGCAAGUCGAACACUGGAAAGGCGUUGCUGGACACACUGGAGAGUAG